AUGUCGAACGAUGUAUCUGUCCAAGGCAAGCCUGUAAAUCAUCCACUGUGGCAAGUUAAAUUGUUGGCAGCCCUUCGUGCUGGCGACCUCGCACAGAUCCAAAGUUUCCUCAUUGACAUUCGCCCGCCUCACUCAAGAAAGUCCGAUAUAGGUAGUAUAAACUCGUCGGGCCUGGAGGAAAAGGCCGCCACAAUUCUGCAUUUUGCCAUCCGUAGUGCUUCAUGCGAAACUAUACAAUUGGUUCUUUCAAAUAAGCACGUCUCUCCUAAUAUGUCUUGUUCCACCAAUGUUGGGUUUACUGCUAUUCAUCUCGCCUCAUCACUUGGUCGAAGCGACAUACUCCAAUUACUUCUUGAACAAGACGGCGCUGAUGAUACACUCUUGGAUUCUCGUGGCCGCUCAGCAAUAGAUUUGGCCAAGGAUCAGAAAACUCGAAAUGUUUUACGAGACUCCCAGGAAUCAUUCCGCAGAGAGUUUUAUGAUGCCCUCUCACGAUAUGUUGGAGCCGCUGCUCAGUCCACGACUCCCCUUGAUUCCUCCGAGCUGGUUAGGUAUCUACGUUCACCACGUGCUCGCCUGCUCGAUCUGUCUGUACUCGAAUCCGGAACGACCUUGCUUCAUGAAGCGGUAAAGAGACGUGAUUACUCUCUCGUCGAGGUCGCAGUACAUGCUGGAGCAGAUGUUUUUGUUCGCGACCAGCGCGGAAGGGGCUUGCUCGACGGAGAAAAAGACAAGGAUGGCGAGCGCAUUCGCGCUUUUCUAUUGCAAUACUUAAACCAGGAUGUAACACUAAUAGGUUCUACCUCCAAUGAACCACCGUCCCAUAAAGGUUAUUUGUCAAAAUAUGCCAACAUGGCCAAAGGCUACAACACUCGUUGGUUUGUCCUAAAAGACGAUAUGCUUUCGUAUUAUCGCAGCCGGGAAGAUGAGGGUUUGGCCGUGCGAGGGGCGAUCUCCGUCCGCACUGCACUCGUCAAAACUAUUCCAGGAGAUAAGCUACGCUUUGAGAUCCAUGCACAUGCACCUUCUGCUCAAUCCGGCCAUGCUUCAACCACUGCCGGGCAAAAAUGGUAUAUGAAGGCAAACCAUCCCGGUGAAGUUGCUCGCUGGGUUCAGAUGAUCAAUCGCAGUGUUGAAUUUUAUCAGCAAAAAGAUCGUGAUCAACUACCGGUUCCUGCCUCCGAUGCGGACUCGAUUCAGAGCAUCAACGAGGGUUCAAAACGGACCAAGAGCCUUCGUUCCAGCGUCGAUAUCUUAAGGAGCUGGAGUGGCCGUUCGAAUCAGGGCUUAGGCCAAUCCCGAGCCUCGAUUAACCAGUCGGCCCCACCGGCCGAUUCCAACGCCUCUCAACUGUCGCGCGAUGCCCCUGAUACAUUCAGAAACCUAGACGACGAUACCCACUCUCGCGCUUCAGAUGAAAGUGACUCAUCUAUCCUGCCUCACGAAGAUCGAUUUAAUUUGCAACAUCGCUCUUUACGAAUGGAGAUUGAUUUAGCCCGACAACUGCUUGACCAACUGGUUGUUCCCACUGACUCUGCUCCCCGACUAACUGAAGUCAAGUCCGCAUUGGAACACAGCCUACUCACAAUCAAAGACAGCUUUGAUCAGUAUAGUAACAUGUCCGUUGAACGCGAAACCUGGUAUGCAAGACGAGUAGAACAUGAAGCUGACGCUCGCCGCAUGUGGGAGGAGAACGUUGUGACCCUUGCCAAUCAGAGCGAGCGUGUGGAACGAGAGUUGAUUCGCAGUGUCCAAAUCAACAAGGGUCAACGAAGGGCGCUCAGGUCUUUACUACAUGCAAGCGGACAAGAUGAACCUUCAACACCCCGUGCUGCCACUGACACGAUCUCUCGCGUCGACGAAGAUCCAGUACCACGUGUCUUCCCCGAAGGCAACACUCCGAGCACGGCCGAGCACAUGGGCGCACCAACUCGCGUCUCCAUUCGUGAUCCAGAAAUUCCUGCUAUACGAACCCCACCCGUUGCAGAUUCCGGGACCGACGACCUUCUUGGUGGUGAUGACUCUGACACGGAUGAAUUUUUCGAUGCCAUUGAGAGUGGAGUUAUUUCCAACUUGCCCUCGACUAUCCUUCGUCGCCCCAGCCUCCCUCCAAGCCUGGACGCCGAGCUAUAUCAAGGGUACGAAAAUCUGCGGGACCGAUUGCCUAUUAGCAGCGAUAAUCGGCCACCCGUCAGUCUUUGGGCGGUGUUGAAAGGUAGCAUUGGGAAAGACCUCACUAAGAUUAGCUUCCCGGUAUUUUUCAAUGAACCCACUAGUAUGCUUCAGCGAAUGGCUGAGGAUAUGGAAUUCUCGGAGUGUCUCGAUGCCGCUGCCAACGAACGUGACCCACAUAAACGAAUUGCAUAUGUGGCAGCGUUCGCAAUGUCCAACUACUCCAGUACCAUCGGGCGAAUUGCCAAGCCUUUCAAUCCGAUGCUGGGCGAGACGUUUGAGUAUUGUAGGCUCGACAAGCAGUACCGAUAUGUUUCAGAACAAGUUAGUCACCACCCGCCCAUGUCAGCUUGCUGGGCCGAAUCUUCUCACUGGAACUAUUACGGAGAGGUCGAUGCCAAAAAUAAAUUCAUGGGCAAAUCCUUUGAAAUCCGACCCACUGGGGUCGCGCAUGCCGACCUCAAGUUGCCAAAGGAUUGGGCGCCAGAAUAUCCGACCGCUAACGGCGAGCCCGAACUAGAAUGUGGCAAAGUUAUUGAGCAUUAUAGUUGGAAAAAGGUGACCACCAAUGUAUCUGGAUUCAUAGUUGGACAGCCGACUAUCGACCAUUACGGCGACAUGAUGGUCGUGAACCACCGUACUGGUGACACAUGCCUUCUCACAUUUAAACCCCGAGGCUGGCGUGCCAAAGACUCGUUCGAAAUCAAGGGGACGGUCCAGGACGUCUCUGGUCGUGUUACUUGGGAAAUAGCGGGUCGCUGGAAUAGCCAACUCAUUGCUCGCCCAGCGGGAACUGGAGCAGGGGAUCUUCUUCCCGACGCUGAUAGUUCGGCCAGCCAGUACUUGCUCCUGUGGAAAAACACCGAAAAACCACCUGCACCAUUCAAUCUUACUCCCUUUGCCAUAACAUUGAACGACUGUCCUGAUACAUUGACACCAUUCCUUCCCCCCACUGAUUGUCGAAUUCGACCGGACCAGCGUGCAUUUGAGAUGGGACGAUAUGAACGGGCCAACGAACUUAAAUCCGACCAAGAAGACUUUCAGAGAGCCACACGUAGGAGGCGUGAAGUGGGAGAACUGCCACCUCACAAACCUCGCUGGUUCGCUGAGGCUGUCGACCAAGAUUCGGGUGAGCGGGUAUGGCAACCUUGUAGACGUGGAGAUCGUAUUGAGUACUGGUCUGAGCGUGAACGCGUUUACAAGGAAGGUGGCAAGGACAAGACCCAGUGGACAGAUGUAGACGAAAUUUUUAUCCCAGCAGAGUAG